UAAGGGUUAAAACUGCCGAGGUAAGAAAAUCAAAGACUUUCUUUUACUCCAAUCAGUCGUGCACUUCAAAUGAGCCCCCGUCUCAAUGCAGUCGACUGUGAUCAUUCAUUUCCACUGAGUUCAAAGUGCUGGAGGCAAAGUGUGACUAAAGGGACUCUUGCAAAACUGGUUGUCUGUUGACAAAGAGAUAAGCACAUGCCUGCUGAACAGGGCACAAGUUAUGCUACCGAAGUCUGAUGCUGUUAAAUAAACCGUAACAUUACAUUUCUCAGUUAAAACUGCUGACCUAGUUUCAUCCACUCACUGCAUUCUUCAGCACACAUGAGUGUGUCCAGGCUGCAGAAACUGGAGGGUCAUAUUUUGCCUGAAAAUAAGAGCACAACAAUGGCAAGUCCACUCACCACUCACGUGCUGAAUACAGCCUUGGGGAUCCCUGCUUCAAACAUGGCCCUCAGCCUCUCUCGACAAGACCCCUGCACCAAAGACUGGACAACGAUAACCACCGGGGCCACUAAUGACGAUGGACGUUGUCCAGGGCUCAUCACAAAAGAACUGUUCACCCCUGGUGUGUAUAGACUGCAUUUUGAAACCGCUCAAUACUGGGCGAGUACGGGCGACACCAGUUUUUACCCCUAUGUUGAGAUCGUCUUUACUAUAAAUGACCCUGGAGUGAAGUACCAUGUCCCCUUGCUGCUGAGUCGUUUCUCUUACAGUACCUACAGAGGGAGCUAGAGGUUAGAUGGGAUGAAGUCCUGAGACUACCCCAUCUGUCAAAACAGGCAGUGACAUGUCCCACAAUGAUAAAACACAAUCCUCCAUGUAAAUUAUCAUUGCAUUUUAAUUAUGAUCUCAUAUUCAAUGUGAGGAUAUUCUAGUUGAAUAAACCAUGUUCCAGAUAUAAAUUGUACUUGGGCUAUUAACACAAUGUUUAAAAUCUGUUUAACAGUCAGUACAGCAUACAAUAUCUUAAUUAAUCUAUUGAAUAAAGUGUUUAGUAUCA